AUGGAAAAUCCAUCAUUGGGCGUCCACCUGUCACCAAGGCCCGCGGCGGCCACCGAGUGGUGGCAGUUCACCUUCGCGCAGCGAGGGGUCAGGGGAGCGUUCGCCGCGGACGCCAGGGCCCCCGCCUGUGGCUCAGCUUCGAAGUCACAAGUUGGAGCCGAUCAUUUUGCAGCCCAGAACACCCCGGCCUUUGAGCGCGGGGCGAGGAAAUUCAAAAGGGACUGCCAGAGCGGUGGAUUCGCAACUGCCUGCAGUGGUCACUGGCGAUGCUCACAGCAGUCAGCCACAUCAGCCACAUCAGCCACAUCAGCCACAAACAAGGCCGCAAAACGCAGCACCGCUGGAGCCACGCGGUCGCCGCAACAUGGCUCCAGGCGGUCCCGGUGCGGCCAAGGCGAGGGCCGGCGCAACGCGAACAACGCAAGCCGCUGGGCUGAUGCGGCAACCUACGGCGGUAGUUCCAUCGACAGCGGUAGUUCGGGCGGCCCAAAACCCACCCGUGGUGAAUCGGUGACGCAGUAUGCCCAAUAUGGACCACCCACAGUUCCAGUUCGGCAGCCUGUCCAGCCGGUGCAAGUUUCUGCCGUGCAAGCGGCGCCGCCAACAGGGCGAGUUGACAGCCCCUUCAGCGAUGCCACUCCGAGCCCUGCCAGCCGUGCCAGCCGCCACACACGGCGCUCGGGGCGCUCGGGGCGCUCGGUGGCGCGCUCCAGUUCCUACGCCGGCGGCGCGACGGUGACCAGCCCGGAGAGCCGGAAUCCGUCCACAAGAGGCUUGCGGAAUGGUGGGGAGAGCUUGGGGGAUGACUUAGGACAGGAGAACCUGAGCCAGGCACCAUCUGCCGCCAGUCGAGCCUACGGGUCACGACGGGUGGGCUCCGCAGCGCCAAACCGCAUCGCCAAGUAUGGUGGAGUGAAGAAAGCAAAGACCAGAGUGUCUGUGCCUCCAGCUGCCUUGUUAUGCUUGGGCCAAGUUGCAGCUGGAAUUCGUGAGAUGAACUGGCCCAAGAUGUACAGAGCCCUCGAGAUUCUCACGCGUUUUCUGAUGCCUUGCGAGUGUGUCACUCUAUACCUGGUGGAGGAGGGGGGACGGUACUUGCGAAGAGUGAAUACAUUCCUUGAUGCUGUUCCACCAGACCGUCGAGGGCCGAGUCUCCAGCCGGUGUCGGAGAACACUUUGGAGGGCGCGUGCGCGAUGAAAGCGGAGCCCUGCGGACUUCCCGUGCGUUCCCGCAUCGUGACAAAGGCGCAGGUGAACUGGGCGAGCUGCGAAGCGACAGGAAGGUAUCCGAUUCCCAGCAAGGGAACUUUUCAGGACCUCGCCGAUGGUGCUUCUAGAGACACAGGAGAGCUACCGAAUGUGUCAAAGAUUCGCAAUGUCCUGGCUUUUCCCCUGUGUUUUGGAAGUCCAUCGGAGGAGGAUCCCUUUGGUGACUAUGCAUCCGUGGACACAGAGCACGCCUUGGCAGACGAACGCGUCUUUGGCGUCUUGAAGCUUACGAACCGCAUGCGCAACGGUCGCGGUCAACAGCUCCACCUUACCACUGCCAAAGAUAGGGCGGAGCAGAAGUACCAGCCCUUCUCCAAGCGUGACACCGAGGUGUUGGACUCCUUGACGGAGUUCCUGAAACAGGUCUACUUCAGCAUCGAUCCAGUGACUUUCGGCCCCCGUCAAGAGCGGAGCUUGGACCUAGAAGAGGAUUUUGAGCCUCUGAAUGUGAGCAUGGCUGCGGGGAUGUUUGGCAUCCUCGGGAAUGCCUUUGCCAAAGGUACCACCCAGCGCCGCGCGGAGUUGCCGGACCUGGUGGAACGCCCCGAGGUGCGGGUCACUUCUGACAGUUCAGAGGCCAUCAGCGCUGCACCUGGUUGGGUCUACAAGGAGUGGACUGAUGAAGAUAUGGAUCUCUUGGACACCCAUCAUGCGGCGGCGCGACGGCGCAUCGGAGGCAUCUCCUUGCUCACGACGUGGCGCUUGAAGGAAGAUGUGAGGGUGGAUCCCUUCUGUGCCAUCUGUCGCUUUCAGAUUCGUGUAGCCCGAACCUCCCGGCUGGGAGCCGAACAAGCAGUGUGGAAAGAAGCGCAACCUUUCUUCUGUGUCUCUGCAGACGAGAACGUGGUGAGCGCCUUCCUUUCGGACUUCUUGUGCUACGGCGAGGAGUACAUCGUCAGCGUCCGCGCAGGCUCGGCGGAUCGCUGGAGUGAAUGGAGCGCUGCUUCGGAGCCACGUUGUCUCAAGGCCAGUGACUUGAACCCGGGCAGCGCGAAACUGCGCUGUAAGCUGGUGCCAUCGCUGCCCUCCACAGAGCUGACGGAGGCCUUUGCGCUGCGUGAGCAUCUGCUGCACUUUGCCUUUCCAGCCUUCGAGAGUUUCGACGCGCGCAGUCCUUUGCCGGUGGAGUAUUGCAUAGAGGCAUGGCAGCGCCCCGACCUCCUUGGAGCUUCAGCUGUUGAGGGCCUUGAAAGCUACAACCGCACCGCAGGGACCGCGACCGCGGAUCCUGCGGAUCCGCAAGGGAUCCAGAUCCCUGGUGCGGGUCCCGAGUGGCGCCAUGCCGCGCCCAUUUUCGUGACCAGCGUGAAGAGUGACGAGGUGCGCUCUGGCAAGCUGGUGGAGUGUCAAGUGGAUGUGCGAAAAACGGCGCUGGUGCCACAGUCUCAGGUCUACUUCAGUGUGAAGGCCAGAUAUCUCAGCUUGCCCUUGGAGACCAGUUUCAGCCCCAAGCUUUGCUGGACCCAGCGGCCGGUGCUGAUUCCUGACCUCUUUCCCAGCCUCCCAUCACCGCAACCAGUGCUGUCCAGCGAUUUUCUGGUUCCGCAGCCGAGCGACCAAUCGGAACGGAGCGCGCUAGCAGGACGAGACAGCACUGGCUUGGAGUCCAAUGCUAACUUUUGA